AUGCCAACAGCAACCAGAGCAGGCGUGUACGGUGGGGAGGAAGGGAGUGAAGGCGCGGAUGACGUGGGAGUCAGCCCAAUGGGGGGGCCAAGCCCAGGCAAUAGUUCGGGCCAACCUACACCGGCGGGGGUACCCAUCGUAGCGUCAGCAAUGCGUCUAGAAAUAGACAAGAAUAUCUGUCAAUGCAAUCAUGUUAUGGUGAGUCGGUUUGUGUCCAAGUUGGAACAAACAGCACCGGUGCCCAUACCAACUCUACACAAGAUGAGGGUAGGCAUCUAUGAUCAACAGCCAGAGCGCCGCAUGCCACUAGUGGAUGCAGAGCUCAGACGACGAUAUGACCAUGCGAUCAAUGACUGUGGUGAUGAUGAAGAAGAUCAACUCAUCCAAAUAAGUCUAUACAUUAGUGAGUUAGAGCUCAUGCGUUCACGCUUGGGCGAUCAGAUAAAUGAGCCACCACUUGCGAAACUACUGAAGACUUCUGAAUUUCCUAAAAUGCCUAAAGAUAGUUACUUUAGAAUGGAAAACUGCGAAGACAUUUUAGAGUUCACUACACAGUGUAGUGACAUAUUCUUAGCAAAGUCCAUGCCUUUGUGUCAGUACCCAGCAUUAGUAAGAAGCUUACUGGAUUCUACUGAUGCAACGGAGAAAACAAAAUCAGUACUCAAUAACUUAAGAGACUAUGAGACACAUGCGACUAAGCACAUCAAAGAUCCUGAGCAAUUCAAUAGAAUCAUUAUUGAUCGACUUAGACCACAUCCAGUAGACUAUCUGUUGGAGAAGUUUCUCAAUGACUUGCAGAAUAAGAAAAUGAACGUCGAAGUGCGCACAGAGCGUGUGCACAAGACAAUGGCGAUGUUAGAGGAGCGUUACCGCGACUCAGACAAGGAACCCAUACACUUCCAAAUCCUCAAAGUACAAAGGUACCAGGCACUUAAGUACUAUGGACUGCAACCAGUGGUAGAUACCCUCAUCAAAGGAGAUAAGCAACCAGAUGGGAGUGAAGGGCACUUGUCAGACAUAGAACACACCAAGUUGCAUACUAUGACUGAGACACACAUAAGAAGGCGGCUGUGA